CGACGAUCGGGUCAUACCGCGUGCCACCUUCGAACGAACGUCCGCGUACCAGCGCGAGCGAGCUCCGCUUCGCCGUUUCAAACAAACUUCAAACUCACUUUCGUCCAAACCUGUUUCGCAAUAGACCAACUUUUGAUAAAACAUACAGCACGAAAAUCACUCUAUUUAUUUUCGUAGGUAAACUCAAACAUAGUUUAAUUUUUAAUAAUUACAAAGUUUAAAAAGUUUGUUUGUAAGUCGGCGGCCGUGUGCGGUGUGCAUGUGUAAGCUCUAAAGUCAUGGCUGGACAAAGUUCUCACUAAACCGGUGUCAAUAAGCGUUCGAAGUUAGAAGAGAGUUUCGUUUGAACCCCGGCCUUUCGAUAAUGAGCCUCGAUGUUUAGACGGGACGGCAAGACUCGUUACGUGCGCGUGAUCCUGAAGGCGAGGACCUGGAAACGCGUGCCGAUGAGGCUUUUAAAGUGGCGCAAGAAAAUGACAUCGACGAAGGAAUACAAUUUGGUGCCGAACGAUGAGUUCGAUACGAGGAUCCCUUUGCAUUCGGAUGAGGCUUUCGAUUACGGGAUCGCCUUUCAAGCUAAGUACAUUGGAACAAUGGAUGUGCCUCGACCGACAAGCCGCGUUGAGAUUGUUGCUGCUAUGCGACGUGUUCGCUAUGAAUUCAAGGCUAGAGGAGUGAAGAAACGCAAAGUGAUCGUAGAUGUGUCGACUGAUGGCGUCCGAGUUACUACCAGGAAGAGCAGCAAGGGAAAGAGCGCCGGUGCCAAGCUGUUUGGUCGCAAGAAUAAUCAAGCCAGCGAGACAAUUGAGAUCAUGCAUCACCCUAUCUACCGCAUCUUCUAUGUCUCCCACGAUAGCUCUGACUUGAAGAUAUUUUCGUACAUCGCCAGAGAUGGGGCUACUAAUGUCUUCAAAUGUAACGUUUUCAAGAGCAAGAGAAAGAGUCAGGCCAUGCGGAUCGUGCGUACUGUCGGGCAAGCCUUUGAAGUAUGCCACAAGAUGCAGAACAAUUCUCCAGAGCAGCCAGCUCCAUCUACUUCUUCUGCCGUCGAUGAACCUGUGGCCAGCUGCAGUGAUGCUCCCGUCUCGAAAGAAGGACCGUCAGAAUGUGAGUCUGGUGCUGCUUCUACGUCGAAGGUCGUGGUUGAAGAAGGAGCUGUUGGAGGGAAAGAGGAACCGACUCGUCCCAAAACAUUGGAUCUCCUGCCGCCACCACCGAGGAAGGAGGGAAAACGUUCUCCUCAGCGUAUCGUUCCAACACCGGGAAUAAAUCUGCCAGAUUUACCGGAAUGCGUGACUAAAGUGGACAUACCUGACGCGGACGUCGUUGGCGAGUCCGCGACCCCGCUCAGUGCGCAACAUCAACUGCAACUGUUGCGCGAACGUCUCGAGCAACAAGCCCAACAGACGCGGGCGGCUGUGGCUCAACUAUUGUUGCUACGUGAUCAACUCGCCGCCGAACAGGCUGCUCGCUGCGAAGCUCAGGCUCGUACUCAUCAGCUCUUAGUUCACAACAAGGAGUUGCUUGAGCACAUCUCUGCACUGGUGGCUCACCUGCAAGAACGCGAGAAAGGCUCCUCGCGUCCAAUCAACGCGCAACAACUGACGCUCUUACCUCAGACGCAAGCCGAGGGGAUAAACGAAGCUACACAAUCACAAAUUUCACCGAAAGGCAGUCAACAACAACUGAGCACCGAAGCACUUAUUAACUUAUUUGCCCAAACCAAAGUGUCUCAGAAUGUCGAGAACAACAAUAUGAAAUUUUCCCCUUUUUGUGUCACUCCAACAUCCGAACUCACUAACGGACCCACUUCGGCUCCAUGCUUCGGAACCAUGACAAAUGAUCAAAUACAAAACUAUCUUAUCUCUAAAUUCCAAGACAUGGGUGGUUUCUCCAACAACAACAACAACAACGAUCAGAAGCCAACUUUUAAUGCAAAUCAACAGUUUUAUCAGAACUCUAACGCUUUUCCAAACAUUCCACCGCUGACAAAUCACUACAGCAACUCUGAUCUGGCAAGCUUGAUGAACCACAGGACGUACAAAGAUCAAUGCAACUCUACGGACGAACUUGGAGCAAUGGCUCAGGCUAUGAGUUUGGGACAUUCCGAAAAUUCCUUGUACAGUAACAGCCAAGCAACAACUUCCAAAGAUUCUAGCCCCGAUGAAUUCAGCUCUGAUGACGGUAUACCAUUCAUAAUGCCACUGUCUCAUAACGGAACUUUGGCGGCUACCGGGGAUGAUGGAAAACUGAGGUUAAUUGUGCCGGUCAGUCCGUCAGAGAGCACGUCUGAUGUUGCGGAAAUUCACCCUGUAGAAUCUCCGUCUACGUCAGGGCAUACGCUGAAAGUUCCGGGACAAGUUGAGUUACUAGCGCCUGCUGCUCCUAUAACUCGCACUACCAGCGAGAAGGUCCCAAAUCGCAGUGAAAUGAUGACUGCUCUACGUUCCCAGUGGACGCGCCACACCACCAAAUAAACGAAAUCUUGGGCAUUCAUAAAUUUAACACCGAGUCUUUGUGUUUCAUCUCUGAAAGAAUACACGAGGAUUGUAAAUUUAGCGUAAAGUUUAUACGCCUAUAUUUUAUUACUGAAAAAUUUAUGAACUUUAAUCGUAGGGUUCUUUUUUUAUUUAAGAUUUAAAGGUGCCAAUACCUAUCUUAGUUACAAUUAUUCGGUAUUAAUUCGAUUAGUUAGAUAGAAUUUUAUUUACAUAUCAUUCGUAGCUCUAGUCUGGGAUGCAAAAGUCUAAUGUAUGUAUUUAACACAUAGUUAUGAGUGAGACGACCGAAGAGCAUAUCCUUAUCAUAUCGCCACUAAAAAUAGGUUCUACUUUUAUGGCCCAUAUAGUACGAAAUGCAACCCACGGUGGUAUUUAAUGCUACGACCAGCUAUAAAAAUCGAAUAACGAAUUUAUGCGAAACUAGUCGUUUACUCUUAAAUGUUAGAUGAAAUAUGUUUGUGUGAUCCAAAAAAUCUAGACGUUAUAAAAUAAUAAUAAGAAAAAUCAUUAAAAGCAACAAUAGUACAGGAUACAUUUCAAGUGGGACAUAUGUCAUGUGAUUCGGCUAUAAACAUUUUUAUUCGUUGUCCAGUAGACUCGAGUGGAAUCAUUAUAAUUCAAAUUCCUAAUAAGCUAGGGAUUUGAGUUUUGAACAUAUUAUUAUUAUGUGGCUCAGAAUCGGUGGCAAUGAACUAAAAAACGGAGAUAGAACUUUGUCGAAUAAUUCGUAUUAAACACGUGAUAUUUUCAAAAUCGUCAAUUUUAUUGUUUUUGUUUUAUUAGCUACUAGUAAAUUGUUCAUUUUGAAAACCGCAUUUUUCAAACAAUUUUUAUUUUGUCAAUUAAACAAUUUAUAUUUUGUCAUAAUUGAAUUUAGUACACAUUAUUUGAUUAAAGUAAUAAUUUACAGUAUAGGUUAAUUGUUUAGAGAGAAAAAAAAACAAAUCUAUCAACAACUACGUAUAAACAUUCCAUAUUACGCAUAGACGGUAGGUACAUUUGCCUACUUCAUUAAUUUAUAUUUUACACAUAAGUCUCACUUGAAGCCAAACUACAACAUUAUGCUUACCUUAUAUUGUAUGUUGUUUACGGAGUAACAUUUAUGGAGUACGGAGUAACUUCGCUGGAUUGUGCCAAAGUAACCAAAGAUUUUAUUUAAAACAACUCUGUUUCCAAAACUGUUUCCGUUCCGAUCUAGAAACGGAAAUUUAGAACGUACCAAAGUUUUUUAAUCUUGGCGCUGAUCAGUUUGUACCGUAGAGUUACCUCAAUUAAAUCUCAAGAAUUAUUAUAGUACAAUUUAUUAUUUAAAUUUCAAUUUAUUUUACACUGAAUCUAUUAGUACGGGCCAACUUGACCGCUUUUAGGCUUUUGUAAAAUUUACACACUUCAACGUUUAAAUACCGUUGUCAUACUAUAUAUCGUAUAAUACUAUAUAAUACUUCUAGUCUUUUUUUUUUUUUAAAGAAAACACUAUAUUCAACAAUUGGAUAAUUGAAUAAUAAAAUCUAUUUUUUUUUUAAUUACUGAUCAAUUUGACCUAUUACGUUACGAAUACGUAUACAAAAACUGUCAGUAGGCUAGUGUUAAAUAUAACACCUAGUAAUUGUUAAAAAGCACUGAUACAUUAUUCCUCAUGGCUACCUGCAGUCAAUAUCCUGUGAAAAAAUCAAUGCCAAUUCAACCUACCAUUAUUUGUCUAUACAAAUAUGUUUAGUAGAAAAAUACUUGAUACAUAUUAAUUCCAAACUUCACUCUCGAAUAGUCAGAUCAUUGGCCUCAGAGAAACAAAGCUAUUCACAAAGGGAACGUAAGCACCGUUUGAUAGGAUUAUCGUAUUUUGUUUGAUGUUAAACUGACUUGAUGUGGGACUAUUCAUAAAUACGAAAUGUAUUGUAAUUUUCUCUGACGUUAUACAUAGCUCUUGUGUGUAGUUUACAAUCUAUUAAAAAGAUAAUAGUUAUUUGAUGCUUCAACAGUAUUAGUCAAAAAAAAUAGAUUAAAGUACAUUAAGUUCUACGUCAUUGCUAUUGGUGUUUAUAAAGCCACAGUAUACAAUUUUAUCUCAUUAUUUAAGGUGAAAUAGAUCUUAGAAAAAUCGUAAUUCUGAAUUUAUAUCUAAAGCAAAUAUUUAGUAAUUGUUAUCAGAUUUUUGAUGUUUAAUAAACCUUAGAAAUAGAUUCGUGAAGAUUAAGAAUUACUGUUAACUACCUUUUAAAAGAUGUUGAGUAAAAUCGAAAUUUGACUUUUCAUUGUGUCUUUUAAUAAAUGUUUUUAAUUUUUUUAUUUACAAUUUCAAACUAGGUAGGCAAUGCUUUGAUUUUAUUUCGUUGAGACGGUAUUAGUGUUCCUCAUAAUGGUACUCAAAAGAUGCAAGUGGUUUCGAGUAGUUUAAUAAACAAAUAGAUUUUAGACAAUACUAUUCAAACUAAUAUUGUUACAAAUUAACUGUUUGUUCAAUGUCGUGUAAUCAAUAUUUCAAUGUUUAACGCAGAAUAUUAUAGUACUUUAAAUGUAAUAGUUGAAUGUUAAUUAUGUCAUUCCAAUUCAUAAUAUGUGCUAUGUAAUCGUGUGAUCAAUAAAACUAUCCUACUCCAGA